UCCGCGUGAAUACACAAACACACACACACUCAGAGUAGCCGGUACCCCAAAAUUAUCGAGCUAUAUCUGGAUCAGAGUUUUGAGAUGGAGAUUGAGAUGGAGAUGCUUAUCUUUUCUGUGCUAGUUCUCUUUGUUUCUACUUUGUACCAUCUUUUUCGUAUGUUGAAUAGAAAUGCUAGCAAAAAUGAAGUUGAUCAUCAUCAGCUUCAGCUCCCACCAGGAAGCUCAGGAUGGCCCAUCAUCGGUGAAGGCCUUGCUUUUAUGAUGACAGCCAAAAGGGGUGUCCCGGAGAAGUUCAUAGAAGAAAGGAGGAUCAAGUACUCAUCAUCACAUUCCAAAAUCAGCAACAGCAGCUGCAAGGUGUUCACCACAUCGUUGCUGCGUGAAUCUGUGGCGGUGCUAUGUACUGCCGCUGGAAACAAGUUCCUGUUUUCAAACGAGAACAAACUCGUCCACUCAUGGUGGCCUGAUACCAUCUACACCAUCUUUGCCGGACUCGACAAACCAGACACCCACGAGGAUUCCAUUCGACUCCGCAAAGUUCUUUCUCCAUUUUUCAGCCCCAAUUGUCUCCAAAAGUACGUAGGGACCAUGGAUGCCUUCACCAAACGUCAUAUGGACGUGUUUUGGUCGGAUAAAAAACAAGUCAAAGUUCUGGCCUUAACAAAGAUGCACACCUUCACAUUGGUGUGUAAAAUCUUCUUAAACGUGGAGGAUCCAGCAGUGAUUGCCAAACUGGACGAGCCAAUUCAGCAUAUCGCAGCAGGCUUCAUUUCAGCGUUGCCGAUAAAUCUGCCUGGCACAGCAUUCAACCGAGCCAUCCGAGCAUCCAAGCAAGUCAGGAAGGACCUUGAAGAAAUGGUUGAACAGAGGAGAAUCGAUCUAGAUCGAUAUCGACAGACGGCUAUGGCAGAAGAUCUAGAUGAGAGUAAUAAUAAUAAUAAUGAUCAAGAUUUGAUGUCUAAGUUGCUGAUGGACACAUAUAGCAACGGCCGACAGAUGAAGGAAACCGACAUCUCUGACAUCGCCAACAAGUUAAAGGGUCUACUCAUUGCCGCUUCUGACAACGUAGUCACCACCUUGUGUUCUAUCGUCAUGUAUCUAUCCGAGCUUCCUACAAUUUAUGAAGCCGUCCUCAAAGAGCAAAUGGAGAUAGCAGAUUCAAAAGCAGAUGGAGAAUUGCUCAACUGGGGGGACAUACAAAAAAUGAAAUAUACAUGGAACGUCGCAUGUGAAGUGUUGAGAUUGGAGCCGCCAAAUCCUGGAACUUUUAGAGAGGCAAUGACCGACUUUGUCUAUGAAGGAUAUCUGAUUCCUAAAGGAAUGAAGUUAUACUGGAGUGUGUUUUCGACACAUAAAAACCCAGAGUACUUCCCAGAUCCGAAAAAGUUUGACCCCUCAAGGUUCGACGGAGGAGGACCGGCUCCUUUUUCGUACAUCCCAUUUGGAGGAGGACCUCGGAUGUGCCCCGGAAGAGAAUAUGCUCGUUUUACUAUUUUGGUUUUCAUGCAUAACUUGGUCACCAGAUUCAGGUGGGAGAAGAUUUUUCUCGAUGAGAAAAUGGUAAUGACCCCAUUUCUUCUUCCUACCAAAGGACUUCCGGUUCGCCUUUAUCCUCAUCCGUCAACAUCAUCAUUGUGAACGAAACGGACGACGACCUGAACUCAAACACUACGACUAUGUAUGCACACCAAGUACCUAUAUUAAGUGGUUGGUUUAAUACAUAUAGCUAGCUACUUCAACUAGUUUGUUAUAUUUAUGUAUACUGGGCUUCAUGCACGCGCUUGUGCGCGCGCGUGCGGAAGUGCGGUGCUCGACACCUCUUCAUUCUGAUUUUUGAAUAAUGGCCUAAUGAACUUGCAGUUGUUCCAUAUAUAUGUAAUGAAGCACAAUAUGCUUGUACUAAUACAAAUUGUUUUAAAAUUAAUAUAGGCAUACAUGAACUUUAUUUGAAAGAGCACU